AUGGUUGCCGGUGAGCACAGGUGGGGUUCACAGGUGGACAGCCAGCGCAUGCUACUUAGAAGACAUACGAGCUUCCGCAUAUUUUUGACGUGCGUCAUUUAUUGGACGUUUCUGCUGGCUGCGAUAAGCGAUCUUCGAUUCGACUUUCACCUUGCGAAAUGGCUAGCGAAUGCACCACAGAACCACCUGCAGGACCAGAGUUUAUUCGGAGGAUACAUCCGGGGCGAGAUGCAUGGUUCCGCUCUGGAGCGCCGACGACAGCACAGAUACGAACCGCACGAGACAGUGGCGUUCAAAUAUGUUGCUCGAACUGCCACAAGGUGCAAAUCUGUUUGGUACUGCUCGAAAGAGGACAGGAAACAUCAUAAAGCGUACUGCCAUGACGUGGAACGCGGAAUCACAAGGUUGAUCAAUGCUUUCCUUGCUAAUCCGGUCCUAAAGGGUUACCUGCAAGCUUGCUUGGCCCUGGAUUUUGACCUUGUCAAAAAACCCGCACCCGACACGCCUUUCAUGGCCCGCGUCGACGUAGCGCUUGAACCUUCAGAUAUUACUGUCUUUCUUAGACUGUAUGCUGGCAUGUACGGAAACACUGAGCCGGAAGAAAUUGAAGGGAUGCUCCAGAUCAACGCGGUCACUCCCUCACCUCGAAACAUCACACCUCACCCCCAUCGUCUGAACCUCUGGCGUGAAACCCGCAAGGAACUCUGUGGUGAAGGGCAAGCAUCUACUCCUGUCGUCAUCGUCGAAUUCAUCUCCAACGGCGCUCCUGGGGCUUAUUCAUCUGUCGUUCCAAUUCCACCAGUCGUUCUAAAAAUGGUGAAAGAAAAUAAGGCUUUUGAAUACCAUUCAGCCUUGACUGGGCAGUCAUCUAUCCCUAUGAGCGCUACAGCCUGUCUCGAGUCUGUAUUUCUCCAUAUUUAUCAAUACCUUUAUUCGCGCGGAUGCCAAAAAUCAGCAGCUCCUACGCAUGAACAUGAGGGAAGAAGACAGGGAGACAAUACGGGCAGCUGGACGUGGAGUCGAACACACGACGCCUAUCGCUAUUUUGAAAGAGAAGAUGGCGAGGGAACGGGUAUAUCACCUACGAAGAAGUUGACUCAUAGAGUAAUUGUCACAGGAGCCAGUAAGAAGAGAACGUAAAUAGGUCCUGAAAAUGUUCUUGCCAUCCGUCAUGAGAUCGUUCUCAAGUCAUUUCCCCUCUGAAUCCGACGAUUGCUGCGGUUAACACUAACCUAUGAGAUAUAUAAAACAAAUAAGAGUGGUAAAACACGUUACGUG